GAAGAAGAAGAAAACCCUGGCUGGCUGGCUGGCCUGGCCCGGUGCAGCAGCUACUUGCACAGACCCUCCCCUCCCCCCCUCUUUCUCUCUCUCACUUUACCUAUAUAUAUCACAUCCGGAGUGCUUGAAGUCUCAACAUCGUCAAGGUAUCCUUAUGGGAUGAGGGGAAAAGGGGGAUCCAGUUGUGAGGUUAUGCGAGAUCAUCGUUAUUGGUGA